GGUUAUCACUCGCAUUCCAUCAUCCAUCAUCAUCCAUUCAAGGUUGGCCUAUAUACGCUUGUGACUUUUCCCCAACACAACCGUCUAUCCCCCCGCGAAACAAAACAACCACUCGCUACACUCUCCCGCAUUACUCGCACUGCACGGCCCGGCUUGUCUUUCGAUACAAGCCGUAAAACAUCAAACUCCAAUACAGCGUGGGAUCCAAGGAAAAUAAGGAUGCCCUCGCGACUAUCAAGCCCGAUGUUGUCUUUGGACAUUAAUCACAUCGCUAAGGUUGAUCCGAGAAAUGUGGAUAAUUUGUUCAGCAUGUGGACCAGUAAGUGAUACUCGGCUCACCCGGCCAUUCUGACGGAUACUGAUUUGGAAAUACAGUCUUUUCAAAGUGUGCCGAGUCUUUGGAGAAUGGAAGGCGGUUAGAGAAUCUGAGCUGGAGGGUAUGGAACAGGGAGACGUUUUGCUGUGACGAUACCACUACGCCCAAUACUCCGGUUCCGGUGAAGCCGAAGCGACAGGAUUCCGAAAUCUCUGAUUUACCCGAACUUUCGACAAGCGUUGAGUCCGCUGCCUCGGAGUGUGAGUUGUCGAAGGAGUCGCGGUCGGAUGCGGUUAACAUUCGAUCUCCACGCCCUUUAUUGACCCGGAGUGAUUCCAGCGAGCGCUACCGAGGUAAAGAGAAGCACAUGACACCCGUGCACUUGGUCAGGUUGAUGGAGGAUUUGGAUAGGAGCAAGUCGAGUGCAGAAGAUUGGAUCUCUCGAAGGAGUUUCAUCAGCACGCAGAUUUCAACCGGUGUGGAGCCUUCCAUGCCAGAACAAGAGGCUGUUUCGACAGCUUCGGUAUCACCCAUGUCUUCCACUGCCGAUCAUACAUCUCCCGUGGGCUCGGAGUCGAGUAAGUCAUCGGAGCAAAGCAGUCACAGCGUUGUCCGUGGAUUUUCCCCUGGCCAGGUAUCGUCAUCUUACCGGUCAAAGACGAGGAUGGCGCCGGAGCCAAGCCCAAUGAAGGCAUCAGUUGCGGCGCCCAAGAGGUUAAAGAGCAAUAUGUGGAUUAUUGGCUCAUCACCUUCAUCGGUGUCCGAUGAUGAGACGGAUAUGGGUCGCAGCUUCAGCUACCGCAGCCGUCAUGGUCCUCAGGUCAGCAAGCUGGCCGAGGGACUGAAGAUGGCAGCCAAGGGGAAAAGAACCUCGUUCAGAGACGAGGUUGCUACACGAACAGUUUACGAUGAGGACACUUUCAGUGAUGACGAUGAGAACGUUUCGGAGAGUGCCAUUGAGGAUGAUGAUGAUUGUUCCUCUGACUGGGAAUCAUCUACCGAUAGCGCACAAUCUAGCUACACUGAAGCCGCCAUGUUCCAGCGUGUGGAAAGUCGCCCUCAACUCACCACUCGCCGCUCGCUUCUUUCCACCCUGCUCCAUGAGCCCAAGCGAGCACCCGUGUUGACAAACACUGGAUCCCGUUCAACACCCGCCAUCCGGUCGCGCAAUACCUCGCCUUCAGGUCCCUCACUCACCGCCUCGCCCCGCAAAGAAUCGCCAUUGCCUUCUAAGGCGGUCGCCGAAGUUAGCCACUCGAGGCCAAUCAUCGUGACCACUAGCAACAUGCAUCCGCCUGCACUUUCGCCACGCACCACAAGGCGCAACAUGCUCGCGACCGAGCUGACCGAAUCCCUCCGACAGCAUUUGCUCUGGGAGAGGCAACAGAAGAACACCACUGCUUCGGCCGUCCUAAAAAGGCGACACACGGCACAUGACGUUACCAAACUCAAUGACUAUCCCCAGCCUAACUUUAUGCCGGGUAAUAAGGGAAACACAUCCAAGAACAACUCUUGGAAUCACUACUUCGAGACACAUGAGUAUCAUGUGGCGGGAUGGUAAUGGGUUGUAAUAUUGGAGAAAAAGGAAAGCAAAAUAAUUAGAAGGUUUUAGGGGAAAAAGGAAACUUGUACAGGAAAUACCAGUGGGGGAAUUUUUUUCUUUCGAAUUUCGGAGUACAUUAUUUUAUAAUUAUCGGUCACAUAACAUCACCCCUUUCAACACCUCAACAUACCACGGCUUUAAUGAACGGAUUUUGCGCGGGAUUGGUUUUAACGGCUGCCGGGGGGGGGGGGUUCUUAGGCAUUUUUUUGUUUACUAAUUCCCAUUUGUUUCUUUUGUUCUAUUCCCAACGGUGAAGGGUGGUCUUUUUUAUUAUUAUAGUUGCCUUUGUGUUCAUUUUAACGGUGUCAGCCUGUUUUUUUUAUUUUUAUUUUUUUACUCGGGGAUAUGCCUUUUGUCACUUGUUUUUUCUAUUUCUUUUAUUUACCAAACGGGGGGCGUAUACUGAAUUUUUCUUUUCUUUUCCGGCAUAUCGGUGUAUUCGGAUUCUUUCUGUCUAUGCCUUUUUUCCUUUCCACUCUCAUCUCAUCUCUUAUCAAGGGCGGGUUCGGUUCAUUUUCACUGGAGUCGGGUCCGCAUCGGGAGUCACGACUUUUGAUACUUUUUGUUAUAUAUAUAUAUAUAUGUGUGUGUGUGUGUGUGUGUUUUCUUUGAAGUUUCUUUUCUUCCAAAGCCUGCCCAUCAUUCGUCCUCAUGUUUAUAUAAGAUAUGGUAGGAAGAAGGGAGGAAGUG